AUGACUAAGUUCAUGCAAUCAACCAAAAAAAAAAUGGAAAUCCAUGGAGUCACUAAAACCGCCAUGGUCGGCGGUUUGGCAUGUCAAAGGAACUCUUUUCUUUUUGACGGGUUCAAAACGGUGGUUGUAUCCUGCGAACCAAAGAAAGAUAAAAAAGGCAAGGCCGAAGGUUAUGACAUCGAAUUACAAGACACCAUUUUGUUUCCUGAGGGAGGAGGUCAACCGAGCGAUUCAGGCUUGUUGAGAAUUGUAAAGGGAAACGGUGAUUCAUCGACAAUCAACAAAAGUGUACAGGUUCCACAUAUUUCUCGUUCAGGUUUACAUGCAAAACAUCACGUCAAGGAGCCCAUUGAGCCUGGUACAACGGUGGAAAUAGUAGUAGAUGCAGUAAAGAGAAUGGAUUACAUGCAGCAACACACUGGUCAGCAUUUGUUAAGUGCUAUUAUUGAACGCAAAUAUCAACUAAAGACAAUAUCUUGGUCAAUGGGUGGUCUUAUUACUGAGAAAAAGUCAACAUUAGAACCCAAUGACUAUUUCAACUAUAUCGAGAUAAACAGAAAAUUAACAGAAGGCCAAAUAACAGAAAUAUCUGAUGAGAUCAACCAGUUUAUUACUAAAUCACCUCAAGAAAUUACUGUGGUGGAAAGAAUUAGUAGCGGCGUAGAUGAAGUUGAUACAUCCAAAAUACCCGACGAUUAUGACCUGUCGAAAGGUAUACUACGCACAAUUCAGAUUGGUGUCAUUGAUUCUAAUCCAUGCUGCGGAACGCAUUUAGAAUCUACUUCUCAGAUUGGUUCCAUUCUAAUUCUUCCCAACCAGACAACCGUGAGAGGCUCGAACUCAAAGGUUUAUUUCAUGUGCGGAAAACGAGUGGCUGACUAUGCAAACUCAGCUAAUAAAACUUUGUCAAACUCCAAAAGUUUACUAAGCUGUUCUGAAUCUCAAGUUCCAGAAAAGAUAGAAAUGCAGGGCAAAAAAUUGCAACAAUCAAACAAAAGAGAGCAAUACUGGAUAAAGAAAUUGGCACACAUAGCGUCUGAGGAGUUGAGAAGUUCACUGAAAGCUAGUGGGAAAAGAAGAGCUUAUUUUAUGGAAGAAGAAUUCGGUACAUUAGAACUCUUGUUGCAAAUUUUUAAAGGGAUAUCUACUCAUUUAAAUGGGGAAUUUGAAGCCUACGAGAUCAUUUUAUGUGGUUAUGAAAGGCAAACCAAUACGGGUUCGUUGUUAAUUCUUUCUGAAUCUGGUGAGAAAAUUUCUUCUUUGGCUAGCAAGCUGGGUUCAAUGCUACAAAACCUGAAAGGCGGUGGUGGUAAGAAAGGCGGUAAAUGGCAAGGUAAAAUCACGUCCAUUUCAAAUGCUGAAUUGGCUGCCCUAACCGAUUAUUUGACUCAUGAAUUCAUAGCCCAUUGA